CGUCAAGACCUUCAAAGUUCAAAGACCAACUCCGUCUUUUGAAUUGUGCCGGUGAUGCCGAUCAUAGACUUCAGCGAAUGUGUACGGAUCGAAGACUAUGUUGAUGAUACCCACCUUGCAAGGCUCAGGGACUAUCGAUAUAGCGCAGUUGAUCUGUCACCGACAACGAAGUACAUUUUGAGACACUGGUGGAACUGGGUCGCUGAAUGGAUGCCACGAUGGGUCGCGCCGAACAUGAUCACCCUCAUCGGGCUAUUUUUUAUUUUGAUAAAUAUAGCGACGGUAGCGAUCUACAUGCCCGACCUAGAAUCCGAAGCGCCUCGAUGGGUUUACUUUUCCUUUGCAAUCGGACUUUUCUCGUAUCAGACCUUAGAUAAUGUUGACGGUAAACAGGCGCGCAAAACUGGCACAUCCUCGCCUUUAGGAGAAUUGUUCGACCAUGGGAUCGACUCACUCAACUGUGUCUUGGGUGGAUUGAUACAAUGCGCGGCCAUAGGAACUGGGCAAUCCUUCUAUUCGGUGUUUAUUGUGGUAGUUGCUUGCUGGCCAAUGUACCUCAGUACUUGGGAGGAAUAUCAUACUGGUGUAUUGUAUCUGGGAUUUAUCAAUGGCCCGACUGAGGGGCUUCUGAUUGCCAUGGCGAUCUUACUAAACUCCGGAUUCAAUGGGAACCAAAUUUGGCACUCCGCAGUCAAAACCAAGUUUGAUUUGCCUGCCCCUGUCACCGAUUUUUUUGCUGGAUUUGGACAUGAAUUGAAGUUUCUGGACCUGUUUGUGUUCUUUGUGCUCACCGCGCUGGUUAUUGGACAUGCUCCUUUUUGCUUCUAUAACGUUUGGAAAAUUGUAGCGGAAGCCCGACAACCUAACCUGAAAUCCGAACAGGCUAGACUUGGCUUGAUUGGUCAACCUCUGCUCCGUAUUCUGCCGCUACUGGUUUAUACCGGUGCCUCAGUCGCCUGGAUCACUUCUCCUGCUUCUCAUUUACUCGAAAAUAAAAAACUCAUGGAGUGGAGUUUGAUGUUAUGUCUCAUUUUUGGCAGGAUGUCAACGAGGACUAUAUUGGCACAUCUAACCAAAGGGGCAUUCCCCUAUUGGUCGAUGAUGAUGCUACCGUUGAUCAUGGGCUCCAUAUUAGUCAAUUUACCGACAUUAGGCCUGCCCACGGUAUUAACACCUUUUGGAGAACUGAUCUACCUACGUUUAUCGGUAUUUUUGUGUUUUGUAGGUUAUUGGUUUAGUACUACUAAGACCAUUGAGAGGUUUUGUGAAGCACUUCAGAUUAACUGUUUGACGAUUCGAAAGAAAUGAAAGCAAUGAAAAUAAAUUCUUGUUUAUUGAU